AUGGGGAUCCCAUAUGCUACUAUAAGCAUGGGAAACUUAGGGUUCACUCUUGAACCAUUGACCACUUUCCUCACAGCCAUUGUUGAUGAGAAUCAGGGCCGGUCUUUGAAAAGACAGCAGUUGACAGUCUUGUCUCGCCUUCGACCUGAAGCACCAGCAUUAGUUCCUGCUUCUUCUAGUGUUCUCUCACGUGCUGCACCUUCAGUCACUCCUGACGUUGAUGGGCAACUGCUGAAGGGUCCAGAGUUGUGUACAUCCCCAAUUGGCGGCGCGUCUGUAAACAGCAAACAAUCCUCAUCGACCGCAAACACUGUUUACUACUCGCCCCCUUCAGUCAGCCCAACCCUCGCACUUCUCCAGCACUCUCUUCCUUUUACUCCUCACCUUGCCUCAACCCUCAUCUCUUCUCCCUCUCACUCUCGUGAGGCUUCCUUUGUCACUGCCGUGCCUAUCCCGUCGCCAGAGCCCCCAGAACGGUGCUUCCUGGCUAAAGCCUCCAUUUUUCCGACUCCUGAGCAUCAUUUGCUCGAUAUCCCAUCCGUGGCAGCCACGCACAUCCUUUGCUCUGAGUGUCACUCCUCUCAACCAAAGAUGACUGCUCAUGAGCCUUCCCUCUCCAAUCAGAAAGAGAUCGUUCCCCCUCCUGUGUAUGCAUGCGACAGCACCAGACCUGCUGACUUGCACGACCUGACCUUCGUUCCAAAUGUGCAGCAAAUCCCCACUGCAAACACCAUGUCCCAGCAGAGCGGAUAUGGAUAUCCUCUCCCUUCAGCCCCUCCGUCGCCUGCUCAGCAUGGCUCCCACCCAAUGCGCACCACAGGCCAGCAAGCUUACGGUACUCAAUAUGAACCGGAUGGUCCACCCCAACUUCCGUACCGGCAAGGACCUCAGUACGUGUACUUGCCAUCGGGUCCUUUGCUAGGCCCAAGUAACGCUCCUCACGGCUUUUGGAUGAGCGCCAUGGAGGAAAGAGCCGCCUGUGAACCUACCUUCCAGAUGCCCCCACCAGGCUUGUUCCCUCGACCACGUUUGAUUCAGCCCCAUUGGACUGAAAGUGCCCCUGACAUGCACCAUGGUGUUCCUGCCGCUGUUCAGUCUGUCUCUCCCUCGUUCCAGAGCUCAGAUGAUGAUCCAUUCUACUGUGUUCCGGACUCUUUUGUCGCUCCACCUGGUCAUGAGGCUCUUGGCCCAACCCUCAGCAUUCCUCGUGAUCAGGUGCAUCCAGCACAGAUUCCUGAGCAGGUGCCGGUGAGUGAGCAGUCUGGAGACAACUCAGCUCUGAGAUCUCGACCAAUGAUGACCCCCGCAGAAUCUGGAAGGACUUGGGCCAGCACAUCAAAGAGACUCCCACCAGGACUUGCUCAACAUUGGCCACCAUCACAGUCAGCGAAAAUGUGGGGAACUGGACAAUUUCAAUCCACUCCGACAAAGAUGGCUGCACUGAACCCCAUGUAUCAUAGACCGAGCGGACAGGAGGCUUUUCAGAAGGAGCUCCAGCAAGGUCAAAUGAGCCCUGUCUCACAACAUGGGGUUCACUCUUUUGAGCAGAACAUCGAUCACGCACAGCAGGCAGUGCCGAUCUUUCCUCAGCAAAGGAGAGUGGUGACUGAGGAUAUGGUGCCAAAGAAGUACAGAAGGGACCAGGUCGUACUCUGGGACCACACCGCGAAAGAUGCCAGUAACUCUCAAAGCCAAAGGGCUGGAGGCAAUUUCAAACUCCGAUAUGAGGCGGUCCCCUACCCUGAAUGCCUGUCAUGCAAGCCUGCGAGUCUGGUGCCCUCUCCUUUUCACCCUCCGAAGCAGCAUUCCGAGGACUUUGCGCGUCACAAGCGCAAUCGUUCUUCCAUUUCAGCUGGACACGACCAACCUCUUUUGCGCUUUGAGAGCGAAAGUCAUGAGAAGAUGCCCAGCAAGGGCAAGAAGAAGAUGGGUACUGUUGAGCUCGUGCGGCUUGCCCAUGGUGAAUCUUCCAAGCAGCCGAGCAUCGACCAGGUCAAGAUUGGAGAUGAGACCAACGCCGACAUGAAUGGCCAUCACAAGACGACCAAUAACUCCUCAGCACAACAACUCGUUCGGCUCUUUGCGCAGACAUUCGAGAAUCUAGCGUCUUAUGAUAAGGGCUACUCCAACUUCCAAGAGGUCCCACUGGAUCCAAGUGUCUACGACGUCCUUGGCAUGUCGGAUCCCAAGGGUGACUGGCGAGUGCAGCCGAGAUCAAUCUCAUCUGCUCCUCGUGGGAACAAUACAGAACCAUCGAGCCAGCUGGUUUUGUACCAGGAAAAGAAUGCUGGGCUCUCAGAUCAGCCAGUUCCGUACCGAAAGAGUAACACUGGACCUGGUCAUCAACCAGGCCCGCGUCACAGCUGGCUCGACAACCCAGAUGUCGAUCCUUUUAUCACCUCCUUCGAUACUUGCCCAGUCCGUUACCCUCGAUGGCCUGGAGUCCAAUCACCUCCGCUGCCUCGAGAGCGAACCCAAAACGCUGAAUAUUUGCGGCAGAAUCCGGUGUCGCUGUUUGGCCGUGACUCAAUGAUUGAAGUAGCCCCCUCAACAAGCGUUCAGCUGUUCAGUCGCUCAGUCCACUUUGCUGACGAGCCAGCCAUCGUGCUUUUCACUCCUGCUACUGUCGCUUCCAAUUCUGAUCCUACCAUCUCUCGCAUUCAGGAACUGAAUGCCAUCUUUGAGGAGGUAGAGUCAGAAUUCCACGAAAGACACAUGAUCGGCAUCACCCGGCACACCAAGCAUCGACACAAACGCCCUUGA